UCCAGCCUGGGUGAUAAAGUGAGACUCUGUCUCACAAAAUAUAUAUAAAUAAAUAAGUAAAAGGAAAUCGACCAAAUACGAACAAUAAUUAUAGAUAAUUAGAUACAAGUUGAGUAUGCCUUAUCCAAAAUGCUUGGGACCAGAAGUGUUUUGAAUUCCAGAUUUUUUUUUUUUUUUUUUUUUUUUGAUUCUGGAAAAUUUGCAUUAUCUUUGCUAGUUGAGCCUCCCAAAUCCAAAAAUCCAAAAUCCAAUAUGCUCCAAUGAGCAUUUCCUUUGAGCAUCAUGUGGGCACUAAAAGUUUUGGAUUUGGAGUAUUUCAGAUGUUGGACUUUUAGAUUUGGGAUGCUCAACUUGUAUGAGUAAUCUUAUUUUCUCCUUCAAUUUUUAAAUUCUUCCAAAUCUUCCAAAAUAAUAUAUAUUACUUUUAGAAUCAGAUAUGAUAAUCGAUAGUAUUUAAAAUUAUCAAAAAAUUACUAUUAUAAAAAUAGUAUGCUCUACAACCCAGCUGUUCCAAACAGUUAAACAGAAAGACAAGGGCUCUGAAUUAUUCCUUAACUUCAUAAAUAAUUAAUAAUUAUUUUCAUAAAUAAAGGGCAAGACUAAGAAAAGGUGUGGAAUUAAGUAGUGUGGUGAUGUUCAAUUACUUGGAAAUGUGAGCAAAUGUUCCUAUCCCUUAGAACAAAUUACAUUUUUAAAAAUUCAUUCACUUGCUUACUUGUUUACUUAAGUACAUCCCCAAAACCGGUUGAGCUAAAAGAAAUUUUAUGCUAUACUUUGUUGUUUCUUGGAGGUACAGGAUAAACGAUGGGACAAAACUGGAAAAGACAACAAAAGCUCUGGAAUGUUCCACAGCUUCUUUUCAUUCGAGUCUCCAUCUAUGAUACUUCCUUACUAAAGGACCUCAACCAAGGGCAACAGCGCUACUUUUACAGCAUUAUGAGGAUUUACAACUCCAGGCCCCAGUGGGAGGCCCUGCAGCCCCGCUACAUUCACAGCCUUCAGCACCAACAGCUGCUUGGCUAUAUUACUCAAUGGGAAGCCUUGUCUUAUGCUCUUGUGCCUAGAGAUUCAACCAAGACAGCCUCAGCCAAGGUAGCUCCUCAAAGAACCAUUUCCUGGAAAACUUCAGCCAUGACAAGAAGAUGUCCAUCAGUACUACCUGUGUCUGUGGUUCUACCUAGGGCCCAAAGUAAAAGGGGCCAAAUGCUCAGGAACUGAGACUUGGCAGCAUUUUCGGAAACAGGAAGUUUGCCCAUGUAUCCCUGGUAUCUAGUGGGUGCUUAGUGCAUAUUUGUUGAAUGACGGUGAAUAAUUUCUAAUAUAAACCCCAGACCUAAAAGUAAUCUCUGAUUCAUAAAAAUUUUGCCAGCAAGACGAAGAGGUUUAAGAGCAAUGGAGCCUAGAGUAAGAAGCCUUUCCACAUAACAUCUGUAGAGUAAAAGGACUUUUAAAGCUUUCAAAGUAAAAGUUUCCUUUGAAUUAGAACCCCCCAGAGAAGUCCUCAAAACAGUGAAAGGGGACAAGUGACCAGAAGGAGCCAGGUCCUCUGUCACUGGGUGACCAUUUCUUGCAAACUAUCGUGUAUACAUUUUGAAAAUAUACAUAACAACACGGGGUUAACACGGAUCAUAGAGGGCUUACAAAACUAUAUCAUCCCAGCAACAACUGGCCUGUACAUUUCCUUCCUCUCCUCUUCCCCAUCAGGCAAUGGCAUUUAAUAUGGUCCCAAAGCUCUUUUAGUUCUCACCUGGUUUGAUCACGUUGUGUCAUCUUGAAAUGUGCACUUAUCAGUCUACCACAGCUGAAUUGAUUUUAUGCAGCUGUAACCGGCCUUGACAUGGAUAAGAGAAUUCAUGCACACAUCUUUCCCCGGCAGCUGAAGAAACACUCUUAAAAGAAUGUGAAAUAGCCCUGAAGACUUGAUUUCAAGUCCAAGCUUUCUGUGGCCUCAAAUGUUUUAAGCAAAGUACACAAAACUAUACUAAGCAAAAAGUGAGAUAGCAGUGAGUCAGUUCAUCAAAUAAAUGGCAUAGUGUUGCGUUAGUUAUAUUUAAUGGUUAUUUUCAUCACCAGAGAUUUUGUGUGUGUGUGUGUGUGUAUGUGUGUGUGUGUUAAAAAUCAGUCACCAGUUCUCAAGUAAAGUCAAAACAAAAAAAAAUGCUUCUUCCUCAUCAUUUUAAAAUACAUCACCCCAUUCAAAUCAGCUAAUGCCUAUGAAAGGAAUUGGUUGAGGUGGAAUAUAAACUUGAUUGACAAGAGAUGUGCUAACAUUGAUCUGAAAGGAAUAUGCUGCAUUAUUAUCAGAAAAAAAUCAUUAUCUUCUCUUUGCAAUCAUGAACAUAUAACAUAUAAAAUUUGUCAUGAGAUUCUGAAAACUAGUAUUGAGGUCAAGCACUACUUCUGAGCUCCUGUCUGACUUUUCUUUGGGAGGAAUAGGAAGCGUGGUUGGCCCACUAGUCUGAUAAGAAGUCUUGAGGAAACUAAUACUGACCUUGCUGGGAUCAUUCACUUAAUCAUAAAGACACUUCUUGACCUCUGCAAAUUCUGGCCCUGACAUGUAUUCUAAAUACCUUUACAGUUCUAAGUUAGAAAUUGUUACAUAGACUUAAAAGAAGAAAAGACUCCAGUGGGACUGGGAUGAGCUGCAUGAUAGCCUCAUAAAGCAGAGAGGUUGGUGGGAGACCUAACUUGGCCUAUACUAACCUUCCUAUUGUUUUCACAAUGGGCCUUUUAUAUCCUCUGAUCUGCUUGCCUGCACUUUUAUCUUAGACUAUUUUUUGAUGGGCAUAGGUAUUUGCUGUGUAAGCCUUACCUAGUGAUGCAGAAUAUCAAGGAGGCCACUUACAAUUCUAAGCUGCAUCCCUGUAUCAAAAAUCUCAGAAGCACCUUGCAUUCGAUAGAGGCUUUUAAGAGCAGACUGACAGGUGAAUGUCACAGGUCCACAAGAAGGACAAAUAGAUUUAAGUUGGUACAAAAGUUUCCAUUUGUUGGUUCUCCCUUUUAAGAAGAUAAUGUGCCCCUGCACUUGAGUACCUUACUUGAAACUUAAAGAAAUGUGAUUGGUUAUGGUGCUGGGAGAAAGGGGUGUACCUGGGAGGACAUCGAGAAAGAUAAACAAAGGGGAAGGAAGAGAGGACAACCUGUAACUUUUAGCAAAGGCUACCACUUUUAACUGUUAGAGAAAAUGCUAUUGCUAGAACUCAUAAUGUCAAUAUACACUAUCAGAACUUAAGUCCUGGGGCGGAGCAAGAUGGCCGAAUAGGAACAGCUCCAGUCUCCAACUCCCAGCGCGAGCGACACAGAAGAC